UUGGGAGAGGCGCUUGUCCAUUGCGCUAAUUGGAGCGCGCAACUGGACGCGUUCAUCUCACAGUAAUCAAAAUAAAUACUUGUCAGUUUUUUCAGGACGUACGGGACCCCAUCCCGGGACAACUCACACGCGACUUCCUUUGAUGAAAGUGGAGGCAGCAGGUGCGCCCUCACGCGCACACCAUGGCCCGAGUGAGCUCCGUGGACGCACUCUCCCAAAGGAACAGCAAACUUGACUCUUUCCUGAAGAGGAACACGGAGCGGGGCGUCUACGAGCGGAUCCGGGCCUACGAGCCGUGCGUGGUGAUCUCCGAGGCGGUUAACAAGGUCUACAUGCACGUGAUCCUGAGCGACGAGUGCGUGUACCUGGCGGAGUACCCCCCUCGCAAACUCACGGCGGUCCUCAGUUUCAGCCAGAUUAGGAACAUUGCCCUGGUCAACGAUCUGCCCGACUUUCUGAGCGGAAAGGACAGGGAGUACUCCCAACACGUCUGUGUCCUCUAUUCCACCAAUAAGCCUGCGGGGAAGAGAGGUGAUUGGGGAAGGAAAGGAAAGAACGCGGGACUUCCUGUCCGAAGUUUCCCCUCUCGCAGAAACCUGCAGUUCCUGGUGUCCCAUGGCCUAGAGGGGGUACAUAGUUGGAGGAUCUCACCUGAUUCCCAUCAAAGAGACCUAGGAGCAACGUGUGCAGAUGUGGAGGAGGAGCAGGUGGAGGUGUGGGCGCCCAGGUCGUCUGGCCGCUCCGCCUCCUGCCCCAACCCGGACACCAUGGGUCUGGGUGGGCACCCGUUGCCACUCCGAUACACCACCACCACCACCCCCUCAACGCCAGGGAUGACACCCCGGUUCCCCCUCUCACUCCCCACCUCCCCCCUGACUCUCCCGGAGGCUGGGGCAGCCACCGAGCCUAGACAGGUGUGCAGACGGAGACACUUCGUCCUGGACCGCCUCUUGAGGAGGGACAGGAAGAGGGUGGACAAGGGCGAGCGAGACGCCGGAGAGAGAGAGGCGGAGCUCCACCUGUACUCUGUGUCGCGCACCUCCCGCAUUUACCUCCACCUGCAGAACUCGUGGAACAGUUACAUCAUCAGGUCCACCCUGAUGUUAGACCCGCUCUACAGGACGAGGUGCGGCACCCCGCUCCACCCCUGUCCUCGUAAACGCUCUUCCCCCCUCAGCUGGGAGCGGAGGGCCCACCUCUUCAGCCAGCUGACCGGUGAGAUGCUGCAGGGGGGUCUGCGGGUGGAGAGGCUCUACCUGCUGCUGCAGGAGCUGCGGACGGCCGCCCAGCGCAACGUGGCGCUGCGCAAGCUCUUCUGGAGGUCCAGUGACGUGUGUGUGUUCCUGGUUCGGACCCUGGAGGACUCUCUCCAAAGCUGUCAGUCACCGGAAUCCCCGCCCACUGGGGGUCACACUACUGACCAGUUGCUAUUGUGUACUCUCAUUGCCCAGACUCUUGCGGUCAUGUUUAGAGAGACUGAGGUGGAACCCGCAAGAAACAGCAUGCUGACAGCCAAAAGAGGUGCCUUGACCGGCCGGAUGCUGCUGGCGAUGGUGUGUGACCCCCAACUACACACACGGUCCCAGGAGCCUACCCAUCAGUCGGAGCUCCAGGCAUUACUAGCCGAGUACCUGGGCUCGGCCUGUUCUCUGCUGUUUGAGCUGGUGCUCCUGGGACAGGAGGCCAGCCGGGGUUCAUCGCUGGAAAACUUCUUGACGGUGGGCUGGCUGUUCGGAGUACUGCAUACUCACCCUCACCUGUUGCCCUUCAUGGGCUACCAAGCCCAGCAGGUGAUCUCUGUGCUGUCGGACCCCAGGCCACCGGUCCUGAGCCCGGCCCAGAGCGUGCUCCUCUUCCAGGGCUGCAGGGUUCUGCUGGCCAGCCUGCAGCACAGCCAACGCCUGAGACACUACCUGCACUCCCACUACCACGAGGAGUUCCGGUACUGCGUGAAGCUGUCGAGCGCCGCAGAGAGACUGCCUCCCCACUACCCCAUCAGCCAGCCUGCCCUGGGCCUCAUCCACCAGCUCCUCACCCUCAUUCUGCCCAGACUGCUUCCUGUUAGCACGCUAGCAUACUAGCUGCAGGCACAGUGCAGUGAACGCUGGCAAAUGACUGGAAGGAAAAGUCCACCGUUUUGUAUUAUCGCAAUGGUUAAUUUAGAUAAAGCAAAAUAGACGGUUUACUUGUGUCUAUCAAAGCACAAAUAAUGUGGGGAGAUUAUACUGUCUCGGUAUCAGUUAGUCUACUCCAUUAAUUACAUUUGGUAAACAGAACAGAACAGCAACAUAAAACUUCAAGUGGGAAAUGAAUCAUGUUGG